AUGACAACACCAGAAAUUUGGCAUCGCCAGUUCACUAGAGUUUCUGGUUGGGAUAAUGAUACUUUGCUUACAGUUGAGCAGCAGCAGAAACUCCAAGACAAAUUUGGCCAGUUUCUCCAGCGGGACUCGCACUGGACUCUCAAUACAUUGGACGGAAUACUUUCCUACUAUUAUAACCAGUCCAAGGCGUCGCCGAAAGCAUGCAAUCUGAGAAUGUUUAUGAUUGCAGACGGAGCCCAUGUGGAUCGCUCAGGAUUGCCUAAUAACGGAGAAGGCUGGUUCAAUCCUCACUGCCGUAUACUUGGAGUCGUCGAUUUCAUGCUCCAGGGUGACAUUAUUUUCAUUGUUGGGUCAGACGACGUACACAAUCCAAAGCGUUUCGUGCAAGUCGCCAGUUGGGAUGAAAAGACCUUUCACUAUUACGCCAUUGAAGACAUUAACGGUGAUAAGGAAAACAGAAAAUGGACAUACCAAGGCAACGCAUACAAUGCGUUUACGGACGGGUCAUCUUACGACAUGUCAUAUCUUGGUCCUUUUAAUGGUCAUGUCAACGGGCCAUGUAUCAUGAAGGAGAUUCAUGACCCUUGGUACCACUGGAAGACGGAUAGGACCGACCUGAAACAAUGCCUCAGCGCAGACCAGGCCAAGCGUUUCAAGCAACUACCAUAUCUCUCUCCCUCCUCCUGGAAUUUAUUAGGCAACGUAAACAGUGCCGAAGGGCUAGAGGGAGACAUUAUCAAUGUUCUGGUUACCAGGUGGUUUCAGUUGCACCAUGACAACGACUUCAAGGAGAAUAAUGGCAAGUAUAAGUCUGAGCCAGCCAAUCUGCACCGCUGGAUGGCUCACUUGCUGCUCACGACCACUAUCAAUAUCGCGACUGGCGCCAAAGUAGUUACCUUUUUUGCGGAGAACCCAUCAGCAAACGCUCUGCCUUUUCGCGCCCCCCAUGAUCUCUUUAUGAACUUUGAGCUUCUACUACAAAGCAGAUUCAAUGACAUUAAUGACCCCAUGGCGCAUUUCUCUCCGGAAUUCAAAUAUGAAGACUACCAAAAAGUCGUCAAAUAUCUGAAACUUGGGCUCUUACAGGAAUGGUCUUCAGACCCAGUUCCGUCAGGUGUAAAAGUGGUGGAGCUCCCCAAGGGUACUCUCGGCGGCGGCAAGCAGACAGAGGCGUACGAUAUCACUCAAUUUCUGGUGGUCAAGGAAAACACAGAGGGCGACGAGAUGUACUUUGUCGCCCUACAGACCUCCCUCGAGGAUUCAAUGGGCGUGCUGAACCUGCCCGACAAUCUCGUCAGCCAAAAGCUCCUCCGCUCCAUCCUCCUUCUCGACUUCUACAACCCAGUCUACAGCUGGCGUCGUGGCGUGCUAAUGCAGUAUCUCCCACAAACAACAACCCUUAUCGAUGGAAACUAUGACAUGGAGGCCGCAUUCGUCGACAAAAUUCGAAGCUCCCUGCACGCCUCAGAGGCUGAUUCCCCCGAAUCCCAAUUCCUCACUCUGUACGACAAGCCUUUAUCGAACAAGGACAUUAUGUCUACCUUCCAAUCCUACCUGGACAAAGUGACCCAUAGAAUCAAGACCACUGAGGGAUUAACCGACUACAUGAGCCUGGCCGAGUCUCGCCGCCGCAUAUACCGGCCUCUGCCUCUGGACGAGUUUGGGAUGACGCUUCCGUAUGCGCUUGGGCUUCCGCCUACUUGGAAGCUCAUCGAGAUGACAGAAGAAGCGACGGUAACGGAGAUCCCAGAACGUGGGCUCAAGUUUUUGAAUUGUUGGACGGGCACGCUGCAUGGGUUUGAUCCCAAGUUGUUACCGCCCGAUGGUUGUUAUGCUCAGGCGAGGGGUGGAAGGUGUCCUAGAGGGUAG